ACGGCUUUCCCCCUCCCAAUUCCCAUCUCCCCCCCACCAGAUUUCAAAUCCCGCACUCCGUCCGCCGCCGCUCGCCGCCAUCCAUGGACGCCGACGACAUGGACGUCGACGAGAUCGACUCCCCCGCCUCCGCCUCCGGCUCCCUCUCCGCCUUCCUCUCCGAGCUCGCCGCCCUCCACCGCCGCGCCUCUUCCUCCUCCUCCACCUCCACCUCCCCGCCCUUGUCGCUCCCCUCCCUCACCCUCCUCUCCUCCCCGGCCACCGCCGCCUCGCUCUUCCCCCGCCUCGCGGCGGCCGGCCUCCCCGCCUCCUCCCUCCUCCUGCCCCUCACCUCCUCCUUCUCGGCCCACCCCAUCCCCGCCCUCACCGCCUACCUCCGCCUCCUGCUAGCCCCCGCCUCCCCCCUUGCCUCCCUCUUCUCCCCGCUCCCCUUCCUCUCCUUCCUCCUCGCCCUCCGCAAGGCCGCCACCGACACCCAUAACCCUAGCGCCGCCUCCGACUCCGGCAACGCCGCCAACCCCCGCAAGCGCAAGAACCAGCGCCAGCAAGCGGCCACGCGGCCCCCGUCUUUCCUUCCGCAGGCUCUCUCCCUGCUCGCCGAUGCCGCGGGGAGGCUGCCGCUCGGGGAGUACCCGGAUGCGCUGAGGUCGCUCAUCGACACCGCCGCCGAGCUCGCGGCCUUCAAUGUCCUUGCCGCCGUCCUUGGAUCUCGCUACCACGCCGAGGCAGUGCAGGAUGUGAUACGCGCGCUGGUACCGCUGGUGCUCUCGGGUGGCAAAUCGGCUGUGCGGUCGUCCGCGGUCGAGUUCUUGGUCAGAAAGAUUGUGCCUUUGGGUGCUGAUGAGGAAGGGGAGGAGGAGGGGAUAAGGAAGGAAGGGGAGGAGGAGGGGAUAAGGAAGGAAGGGGAGGAGUUGGGGAUAAGGAAGGAAGGGGAGGAGUUGGGGAUAAGGAAGGUGGUGGGGUACCUGCCGAGGCUUUUGGCGGUGAAGGCACCGGAGAAGUCGGAGGCGAGGGGGCUGGCUGUUGAGGCCAUAGUUGAGGUGGUGCAGGCAAUGGAGCCACUUCAAAGGGAGGGCUUCGCUGCAUAUCUGGUGGCCAUGUCCAGGGGCAAAGCAAAGGGACGGCUGUUUGCUGUGGAUAUGGUCCUGGCGAUGCUGCCGGUGCUGUUGCCGUCGGAAAUCGAUGAAUCUGGUCUCCAGGAGGGCUCUUGGGGGCUCAAGUGUGUCCAGGUGUUGGUGGAGAGGUGUUCGGAUAGCGCUGGAGCGGUCCGGGCUCGGGCCUUGACAAAUGCAGCCCAUGCGCUUGAUGUUUUGUCUGAAAGAGGUGUGGAGGUCGAUCGACUGCAGGAGGUGAUGAAGAUUGGGAACAUGGGUCUUGGAGAGUUGUUGAGGAGAAGGUGCAUUGAUGAUAAGGCUGCCGUCAGGAAAGCUGCACUUGUGCUCAUCACCAAGGCAAUUGGUUUGAUUGGCAGACCUGUCGAUGAGUCGCUACUUACUGCAAUGGGGGCUGCGUGCUCUGAUCCGCUAGUCACCAUUCGCAAGGCGGCUCUUGCAGCCAUCUCAGAGGUGUUCCGGAAAUUCCCAGAUGAGAGUGUGACAAAGGAGUGGCUUCAGGCUGUGCCAUCGCUGAUGAUUGAUAGUGAGACCAGUAUCCAGGAGGAAUGUGAGAACUUGUUUCUUGAACUGGUUCUGAACAGGGUCUGCCAAGCUGCCAAUUUGAAACUGGAUGAUGAUUCAGUCAACUUGGAGGAGCUGUUCCCGGACGGGACACUGGAUUUGCUGAAAAGCAUAUGUGAUGGAGAGGUUGUUCCCUGCAUAAAAAGGAUAUGCGCAAGCCUUGGGAAGAAGAAAAAGCUGAGACCAAUGCUUGCUAGUUCACUCCAGAAUAUAAUUACAAUAUCUGAAACCUUGUGGUUGAGAAGUUCUAAGCCAAUUGAGAAUUGGACUGCACCAGCUGGGGCUUGGUGGCUUCUUUCCGAGGUCUCCUCAUUUGCGCCUAAAUCAGUUAACUGGAAGUUCCUCUCUCACCACUGGAAACUCCUUGAUAAUGUUGGCCAAGAAGGCAAAGGUAAAGCUUCUUCUGAAGGGGAACCAAACUCUGCACUCUGGGCUGUGGAUCGUGUUUCACUCCUGCAAACUAUUUCAAAUGUCUCCAUGGAGCUACCUGUGGAGCCUGCAGCAGAACUGGCACACAGCUUACUCACGCGGAUUGAAAAUUUUGAUAUGAACCUGAGUGAGGUCGAUGCCCAUGUAAAGUCACUGAAAACUUUAUGUAAACGGAAAGCGAAAACGGCAAAGGAAGCUGAAGCACUAAUAAUGAAGUGGGUUCAGCAACUUAUCAAUAAAGCAGUUGAUAAUCUAGAACGCUACAUAAAAGGAACAUCACAAGAUUCCAGGGGUUGUAGCUACAAUACUCCUCUGACUGGCAAACUUAAGGGAAGAAAGGAGGCAUCCACAUCAAAGGAGAUGUCAGAAGCUGUUAUUGCCGUCUUCACCGUUGGAUCAGUGAUCCUAGCUUGCCCUGAUGCUAGUGUGCAAGGCAUCAUUCCUUUGCUGCACACAGUCAUAACCUCUGGAAACCCCGAGCCAAGACCAACAAUGCUUGCAGGUGGAGCCGUUUCUUUCAAUGAGGUAGCUCCAUCAUUAUAUAUACAGUCGUGGGAUACAAUGGCGAAAAUAUGCCUUGUAGAUGACAAACUAGCAAAACGAUAUAUUCCGCUCUUUGUUCAGGAGCUUGAGCGGAGUGAUUUGGCCACCCUCCGGAAUAACAUCAUGAUAGCAAUGGCUGACUUUUAUGUACGCUAUACAGCACUAGUUGACUGUUAUAUGUCAAAAAUAACAAAAGUGCUGCGUGAUCCCUGCGAAGUAGUACGGAGGCAAACGUUUGUCCUACUCGCGAAGUUGCUGCAGAGGGAUUACGUAAAAUGGAGAGGAGUGCUUUUCCUUCGGUUUCUGCCAUCUUUAGUUGAUGAAUCGGAUAAGAUAAGGCAUUUGGCUGACUACCUAUUUGGAAGCAUCUUAAAAGCCAAAGCGCCACUUCUUGCAUAUAACAGUUUCAUAGAAGCUAUCUACGUCCUAAACAAUUGCACAGGACAUGGUGGAUAUAGUGAGUCUCAGUCUCAGUCUCAGAGUUCUCAAGGGUCUCAAAGUUCAGACAGAGGACAAACCCUUUUCGCGAUACGGGGAACUGACGAAAGUUCAAGGUCAAAACGAAUGCACAUAUAUGUGUCCUUGUUGAAACAAAUGGCCCCGGAGCACCUUCUAGCUACAUCAGCCAAGUUAUGUGCUGAGAUCUUAGCAGGUGUUUGUGAUGGCUUACUAAGUGUUGACGAUGCAGCUGGAAGGGCUGUAGUUCAGGAUGCUCUACAAAUACUAGCUUGCAAGGAGAUGCGCAUCCAUCCCAGCAUCCUCGCGGACAAUUCCGAGAUGGACGACGACGGUGGAGAUGGUGGGACGGCCAACGCCCUCCAGGCGGCCAAAGGGAGGGCGGUGACCCAGGUGGCAAAGAAGAACCUGAUUCAGAUCGCGAUCCCGAUAUUCAUCGAGCUGAAGCGGCUGCUGGAGAGCAAGAACAGCCCUCUGACGGGGUGCCUGAUGGAGUGCCUGCGCACCCUCCUCAAGGACUACAAGAACGAGUUCGAUGAGAUACUGGUGGCGGACAAGCAGCUGCAGAAGGAGCUCCUCUACGACAUGCAGAAGUUCGAGGCCGGCAAGGGCAAGUCGUCCAGGGACGGAGAGGCCGCCGGCCCCAGCAGGAGCUCUCCGGCUGCUCCUGACCCGGGUGACGCGGCUGCAAAGGCCACGGCGCGGUCGGUGCUCAAGGAGAUGAACCGGAACGUGCCGACGCCGCCGCUGCACACCAUGAGCGUGCCCAAGGUGAAGUCGGUGCUGGGCACUGGGGCGCUGAGUGGCUCGCGCCGACCGGCUAUCCUAGAGUCAGUGAGGCGGCUCGAGCCAUUUGGAUCAGACGAUGAGAAUUAGCAUGCUAACAACUUGCAAUCCAAGGAAAUGGAGUUAACAUUGUUUACCAUUCAAGGUGUGUGCAUGCGAAGCCGCUUUACACGUCAUGAUGUUUACAAGACAGAGCAAGAGCAAAUUUGUGUUCAUUUCAUGGGGCAUUAUGUACUGAGAUGUCAUAUGCACCUGCAAGAGCUUUGAUAUUAUUAGGGAUAGCACUUUCAGAAAUAUGUAACUGUAUCAUGAUGCUAAGAGGGACAACUUAUACUACUAGGCUCAUCUUCUCAAUGAGUUUCUUUUCUUUUUCUCUUUACUGAUUGAUUCUGUAGAUGUGUAACUGUAAUCGAAUGGUGUCGAGAAAGCUCAAAUAAUUGCAAGUGCUGUCUUAACUAGUUGUACAAUAAUUGCUCAGAUGUAUCUUAGCAAUGCAGCUCCAGGCUUUUGAACUUCUA